GACUGAGAUGAGUCGGUGUGUGUGGAUGAGGCGAAUUCAACUCGCCGGCGCCACCUCUGUGUUCGCCGCAGCCGACUUUUCCGUCGCGACGGUUACACGCCUACCUCUAUCCUUCACGUCCCUGAAGCCGCCGCUGCCUCGCUCCCUUUCUUCCCGGCGCUGCCUGGUUACCGCCGCCAUUCGCCCCUCGCCGCCUCUGGACAACACAACCCUUCGAAAUGACAAUUAUGUCGCCGCCGGAGAUACGGACAAGAAGGGAGUGCUUGAGGAUUGCUCGAAAGUGAUUUUGAAAGGGAUGAGAUAUACUGAACUUGAGAAAUGGGUUCAGUCACAUGGUUAUAGGCCUGCUCAGGCUUUGAUGCUUUGGAAGCGCCUUUAUGGAAAUAAUAUCUGGGCACAGUGCAGUGAAGAGCUAGAGGGUCUGAAUAAAGAAUUCAGGAAAAUGCUAAGUGAGCAUGCUGAAUUCAAAGCAUUAAACUUGAAAGAUAUCCGGACAGCGUCUGAUGGAACUAAGAAGAUGUUAUUCACGUUGGAAGAUGGCAUGGUUAUAGAAACCGUUGUUAUACCUUGCGACCGGGGUAGAACUACUGUCUGUAUUUCUAGUCAAGUAGGCUGCGCCAUGAAUUGCCAAUUCUGCUACACUGGCAGAAUGGGUCUAAGGAGACACUUAUCAACUGCAGAGAUAGUUGAGCAGGCAGUUCUUGCACGGCGUUUGCUGUCAAGUGAAGUUGGCCCGAUUACAAAUGUUGUAUUCAUGGGGAUGGGGGAACCACUCCACAACACUGAUAAUGUGAUAAGAGCUGCAGACAUAUUGGUUGAUGAACAAGGGCUUCAUUUUAGUCCUCGCAAGGUGACCAUUUCAACCAGCGGUCUUGUACCCCAGCUAAAGCGUUUUCUACGUGAAUCUAAUUGUGCUUUGGCAGUCAGCCUGAAUGCUACUACGGAUGAGGUUAGAAAUUGGAUCAUGCCAAUCAACCGAAAAUAUAACUUGAACUUGCUUCUUGGGACUCUUAAAGAGGAGCUUCAUACAAAACACAACUACAAAGUUCUAUUUGAAUACGUUAUGCUUGCAGGAGUUAACGACAGUAUUGAGGAUGCAAAGAGGCUAAUUCAUCUCAUCCAUGGCAUUCCUUGCAAGAUUAACCUCAUAUCUUUUAACCCUCAUUCUGGAUCUCUAUUUAAACCAACAAAGGAGGAGAAGAUAAUUGAGUUCCGAAAUAUUCUAGCCGAAGCAGGAUGUGUUGUUUUUCUCCGACUAAGUAGAGGUGAUGAUCAAAUGGCAGCCUGUGGUCAACUUGGUAAUCCCGGUGACAUACAGGCUCCCUUGCUACGGGUGCCCUCCCAAUUUCAAGCAGCAUUAGAAGCUUCAGUAUGACUGACAUUCCCUGUCUGACUGUUAUUAUCUCAUAGUUACAUCCCCCAAUAGAAACAUAUUAUCUAAAGUUAUUCUUCCUGUCACGUGGGGAUAAUUUGGCCAAGACACAACUCUCUUGAAUUUAAUGUUGGAAUUCACAUGAAAGCCCUUUCUGUUCUUCAAAUUCUGUUUACAUUUAAGAUUUUUUGAUAAUAAAGUGACAUAAAUUCAGUUCACUGACAAAGAGGAUGUUGCAGUUGACAUAAACUACAGAACCCAGAGCCAUGAUGCUACAGAACCUAUUGCCAGACCAAUCACCAAGAACAGCACAAGCACAAUUCCCGCUGUCUCUGCGUGUUGCAGCUCCACGGUCUUGGGAGCCAACAUCAUCAGCACGCUGGUCAAGUAUCCAUUCGUUACGCCCAAAAGACAGAUUGUAGGAAACCACACUCACAACCAUCAGAGCAAUGCCUACAAUGAAGUAAAGGUUUGCACUUUUCCUCAGCCCCUCAGCAUCUUGUGGAUACACAGCUUUGGUCACAACUCUUAGCAGACAAACUAGAACACCUGCAAAGCACCAAUUCGGACGCUGAGUUUUGCACUUCUGGUUGUACAUAUAAGUACACGGAUUAAAACUUGUAAAUAAAGGUAGAGAGUAAUGAAAUAGCUCUAUCACUCAGUGUGGGCCGGAAGAUCAGUAUACUACAUAUUGAUGAAUUGUGAAUCCCUUUUUCAACAUGAAAAUAAGGGGGUUUUUUUUGGA